CCACGAGGGGAAUGGGCACACUCCGGCCUGACGGCGGCGCUGAUUGGCUGCUAUAAACACACGAAGAAGAAACCCGGAAGUGGAGGCUGUUGGCGGCGCGAGGACCGAACGAUCAGAUGGAAGGCCCGUCAGGUGACAUCACAGUGACCUCAUCAAACAGGAAGUGCUCUGCUGUGACAGGAAGUGGACGAAGGAUCAAAGAUGGCGCCGCUGACUGGCACAACCUGCGCGCUCGUUGGGAGAAACUGAAUGACGACGGAUUCGUCAUCGCAGGAAACAUCGUAAACCUGCGACUUAGCUCUCACCGUGAGCAGCAGGUCCACGCUCCACCAGCAGGAGGCGCCGCCGAACUGCAGGAAGAGUGCUGCAAACUACACGACAUCGUACACAAAAUGGUUGCCAUAGUGAUGAAGAUGGAGCGUCUGAUGGCGUCUCAGCGAGGAAUUCUGGAUCUGGAAGAGUUUCAGUUUGGACCUGAAGGCAGGAAAGUUCCUCUGUUCCACAGCUGGACCACCAAGCAGUUCGAGGACUCGUCUCGGGUCUUGUUGGACGCCUUCCGUCGGGAGCUGCAGCUGAAGCAGACCAUCCUGCAGGAACUUGGCCACACAGUGACCUCUGACCUCUGCAUGGUGUACCUGUCCUGCUGGCUGCACCAGCCCUUCACCCCCCCCCAGACCCGCCUGACGCUGGAGGCUCUGCUGCUGGAGACCGGACACCGUCCCCUCUGAAGUCUGUUAGCCUAGCUUAGCACAGAGACAGGAAGCAGAGGUCAGGUGACGUCAGUGUCGGAAUAGAAUGAGAACCUUAAAGUCUCAACAAAAUGACUCAAACUCUGGAGGACUUUUUCAGUUCUAACCCUUCAGAAGAGAGGACACGCGUGUGCAGGUGUGUGUGCAGGUGUACGUGUGUGUGUACAGGUGUGUGCGUGUAGGUGUGUGUGUGCAGGUGUGUGUGUGUGUGUGUGUGUGUGCAGGUUUGUGCGUGCAGGUGUGUGCGUGCAGGUGUGUGCGUGCAGGUGUACGUGUGUGCAGGUGUGUGUGUGCAGGUGUGUGCGUGCAGGUGUACGUGUGUGCAGGUGUGUGUGUGCAGGUGUGUGCGUGCAGGUGUGUGCAGGUGUGUGUGUGCAGGUGUACGUGUGUGUAGGUGUGUGUGUGCAGGUGUGUGCGUGCAGGUGUACGUGUGUGCAGGUGUGUGUGUGCAGGUGUGUGCGUGCAGGUGUGUGCAGGUGUGUGUGUGCAGGUGUACGUGUGUGCAGGUGUACGUGUGUGCAGGUGUACGUGUGUGCAGGUGUGUGUGUGCAGGUGUGUUCGUGCAGGUGUGUGUGUGUGCAGGUGUGUGCGUGCAGGUGUGUGCGUGCAGGUGUGUGUGUGCAGGAGUGAUGAAGUCAUUGAUCAGUUCAGCAGUUUAUUGGAAGAACAGGAAAUGUAUUUAAACAUCA